AUGAAGUUCUUGACGUCUAACUUUCUCAAGUGCUCUGUACAGGACUGUGACAAAAGCAACGAUAACUUCCCUUUGAAGUAUAAUGGAGAAAGCUGCCAACUGGAACAAGAUGAGAGCUUGGAUUUCAAUCCAGAGUUUCUUCUCCGAAUCAUCGAUCGAGUGGACUGGCCCGCUGUCGUCAGUGUAGCAUCAGAUCUAGGGAAUACCAGCUUGCCCAAUGGAAAGCCGGAUUUCACAAAUGAGGAAUUGAGCGAGGAGGACAUGGUCAUUUUGAGAGACUUGCACACCCUUUUGAUUCAGACUAACAUAGUGGAGGGAGAAAUGACGUGCCGGAACUGCGGCCACAUUUAUUACAUCAAAAAUAGCAUUCCAAACCUCCUGUUGCCUCCUCAUUUGGCGUAG